AUGGAGGAGGAGUACGUGAGGAAGCACCACAGGCAGGAGGCCAGGGACGACCAGUGCAGCUCCACUCUCGUCAAGCACAUCAAGGCCCCUGUCCAUCUCCAAGUUUGGUCAUUGGUGAGGCGAUUCGACCAGCCACACAAGUACAAGCCCUUCAUCAGCAGAUGCGUGGUGCAGGGCGAUCUGGCGAUCGGCAGCGUUCGAGAAGUUAACGUCAAAUCGGGGCUGCCGGCCACAACCAGCACGGAGAGAUUGGAAGUCCUCGACGACCAAGAGCACGUCCUCAGCGUCAAGAUCGUCGGCGGUGAUCACAGACUAAGGAACUACUCCUCCAUCAUAACCGCGCAUCCUGAGGUCAUGGACGGGAGGCCAGGGACGCUGGUCAUCGAAUCCUUUGUGGUCGAUGUGCCCGACGGCAACACCAAGGAUGAGACGUGCUACUUCGUGGAGGCAUUGAUCAAAUGCAACCUCAAAUCUUUAGCUGAUGUGUCGGAGCGAUUGGCAGUGCAGAACGCGCAACCCAUGGAGCGAUGAGAUUACAUGCAUUCCUUGGACGACGGAUCUCGAGAUGUUUUAGGGAUUUUGUCUGUUUUCUCACAUGUAGAAUAUUACCACCCUCAGAUGGCUCGAUCGACAUGGAUUAGGGUCAUGGUAUUUAUUAUUAUGGGCAUUUUGAUGUUGCAGCGGGAAA